ACGGCCUUGGAAACAUGUAAACUUAACACGGAAGUAAACAAGAUCGUCGAAUAUGGCUACUACUACUAAAUUUGAGAAAGAACCCCUAAAUUUUGUUCACCAGAAUGCAAUUUUAUGUGAAACGAUUCAUAAAGAGCAAAGAACUUCAAAACUAUAUACGAACUACAGUGUAAAUCCAUUCAAGAAGAUUCAUGUCAUAACUGGCAAGCCUAACUCGUCACAUGACACUGAAGAGGGUGAAGAGGACGAGCAUUUCAAGAAGGUUAUAUCCAGAGCACACUUAGAGCCAGUAAAGAAAUAUAUGUAUCCUCAGACAGAGGCACAAGAAGUAGGCUGGAUCACAAGGCCAUUGAUUGACACAGACAGAUCGGAUAAGAGACUUCACCAUGGAAGACAGAACACAGCUAUUACAAAAUACAUGGACGCUGCAUGGCGUGUGAAGGAACAGACUGAAAAUCUUAACUAACUUUAGAGACCUAAGACUAGAUUCAGUUCACAUACUGCCUCAACUGAUAAAAGUAAUUACUUUAUCUGUGAUAUCUGUACUGUAUUAAAAUCAUGAUAUGCCAAAUAUAAUAAGGCUUAAAAACACUAUUAAUGAUUCAAAAUAAUGUUUUGUGUAAGGAAGUUAAUUCUUAUUCAACAUACAUUACCUAUAAAAUAUUAUAUUUAUAAUUCAGACUUAUUAUCAUAAUAAUUCAGACUAAUUAUCAUUUUUAAUAAAUACUUCUUAGUUCUAGUAUAUUUUUUUCUGUCUCCUGUUUGAGUGUCUGUGAGCUUGUUAUUGUAAAUAAAUAGUUUGAUGCUUUAA